CUGUCGUGGUGUUCCAUCUCAAGGAAACGUUUGCGGCGCGCCUCUCUCUCAGACGCUUGCCAUGUCUACUACCAAAAAGCAGUCAAAGGCCUCCAAGUCUGCGGACUCGAUCAAUGCGCGGCUGCAGUUGGUCAUGAAGAGUGGCAAGUACAGCCUGGGCUACAAGACGACCUUGAAGACACUGCGACAGGGCAAGUCGAAGCUGGUCCUGAUUUCCAACAAUUGCCCGGCCUUGCGCAAGAGCGAAAUUGAGUACUAUGCCAUGCUGGCAAAGACGGGUGUGCACCACUUCCAUGGAGACAACAAUGAACUUGGAACAGCCUGUGGUCGCUACUACCGCGUCAGUUGCCUCUCAAUCACCGACCCCGGAGACUCGGACAUCAUCCGCAGCUUGCCCGGCCAGGAGUGAGGAGUGAUCAGACGUGAG